AUGGCUCCAAACUUGAAAUCGAGCAAAAUUGCCUUUAUCGGUGGCGGCAACAUGGCUGCCGCCAUUAUCGGCGGCCUCGUCGCCAAGGGCAUCGACAAGCAAAACAUCACCGUCUCCGAGCCCUGGGAGGUGAACCGCGAGAAGAUGGCCCAGCUCGGCGUCAAGACCACCACCUCCAACGCCGAAGCCUUCUCCGGCGCCGAUAUCGCCAUCCUGGCCGUCAAGCCCCAGGUCGCCAAGGGCGUGUGCGAGGAGCUCGCCGGCGCGAGCGCCGGUGGCAAGAUGGCCCUCGUCGUGUCCAUCGCGGCGGGCAUCCCGCUCGCUUCGUUGCAAAAGUGGCUUACCCCCAGCGGCGACGGGGCGCCGAGCCCGCACGUCGUGAGGGUCAUGCCCAACACCCCUGCCCUUGUGGGCGAGGGUGCGUCUGGCCUGUUUGCGGGCGAGGGCGUCACGGAGGACGAGAAGGAGCUUACGGGUGCGCUGCUCGCGAGCGUCAGCAAGGCGACAGAGUGGGUUGACAAGGAGGAGCUCAUUGACGUUGUGACGGGAUUGUCCGGAUCCGGACCCGCCUACUUCUUUGCUCUUGUCGAACACAUGAUUGCCAGCGCCGUCAAGCUCGGCCUCUCCGAGGACCAAGCCAAGCGCCUAGCCGCCCAGACCUGCCUCGGCGCCGGCCGCAUGCUCGUCGAGUCGCCCGAGUCCCCCUCCCAGCUGCGCCAAAACGUCACCAGCCCCAACGGCACCACCCACGCUGCGCUCCAGAGCUUCGAGGCCUCGGGCUUCGCGGAGAUUGUCGACAAGGCGGUCAAGGCCGCGACGUCCCGCGGCGAGGAGUUGGGCAAGACCCUGGGUGGUUAA